AUGGCUCAUUUGGUUUUCUUUGUUUUGAUCUUUGCUGGGCAACUGAUUGGUGGAUUCAGUGCCCAAAGGCAGCAUCCGUCCAACAAUGGAAAACUGAUAACUAUUCUGACCAUUGAUGGUGGUGGCAUCAAGGCCAUUAUUCCAGCAACAAUUCUUGAUUACUUAGACAAGGCUCUUAAGGCUAAGGAUCCAAAAGCUGAUUUAGCAGAUUACUUUGAUGUGAUGGGAGGAACCAGCACUGGUUCAAUCACAGCAGCCAUGUUAGCCACCCCAAGCUUUGAUCGUCCUACUCGUCCUGCUUAUACUCCUGCACAGAUACUAGACUUCUACAAACUAAAUGGCCCUCGUAUAUUCGACGAAUCUAGACCAGGAAACGGUCCCCUGUUCGAUGGAGAGGGUUUACAUGACGCAGUCAGUGAUGCUUUGAAGGAAACACGAAUUGGUGAAGCAUUGACCAAUCUCGUAAUCCCAGCUUUCGAUAUAAAGAAACAAAAACCAUAUGUAUUCUCAAGCUACAAGGUUGAGAAGGUUCCCUACUUAAAUGCCUUUCUGUCGGAUAUAUGCGUAUCCACUUCAGCUGCACCAACUCAGUUCCCACCUUACUUAUUUGAGAAUAAUGGUGUUGAGUUCAAUUUGGUUGAUGGUGGUGAAGCGGCUUUGAAUCCGUCUCAAAUAGCAGUGAGUGAAGUGCUACAGCAGAAUGAGGAUCCUGAAAUUCUAGUGUUGUCUUUGGGGACUGGAGCAACCAAAAUUCAGGAGAGUUUUGAUGCUCGUCGUAGCUGGGACAUGGGCUGUUAUUGA